GGCCAAUCACGGAGCGUCACAAAUCGAGGAGGGCGGUUUAAGCGCUCAGUUCAGCGUAACCUUACCUCAUUGGUCUGGAAGCCUGCAAUAUAUUCCCAAUCAGAUUUUUUCUCCGUCCACCUCUCCCGCGCGCCAGUCUGACUAUUGGUCCCCAUCGCGGAGUUUUCUAAAAUUAUACCACGGACGUUCGUCUGGCUAACGACCAUGAUUGGAUGUUGGAAUCGGUAGUUCGACCGAACACCAGUCUUCUUCGUCCUCGAUGUCCUCUUCCGGCACCGCUAUCACAAAUCCAUGCCCAAACCGGCUCUAAGAGGUAGUGUGUAUGGUCAAAUCUGCAGUACGGGACCAUGGCUACCUAUGCAACCUCUUGCUACUACCCGCCCAUUAACAUGGCAAACCACUGGCUUGGAAGCGCUCGUCUUCCUCUCGAUGAGACUAUCCCCACGCGAUAGCCGCUUGCCUUCCCUAAGGUAAGAGUCAUAAAACUACUUGCUCCCGAUCACUUGGUAGGUUUCGUUUCUUUCACUCUCUUCCCUCAAGCUUCCUUGAGGUUGCCUCAUUUCAUAUUUCGCUUUCGUUGAACGAAGCGUUUCUAUCGUUAAAGCAUUUUCUUCCACUACCUUUGCUUUCAACGACGCCGGACGUCAUAUUUUAGGUCGUCUUACGGUUGCAACACCCCAGAAUAGCUACAAUCUAUUUUUCCUUGAGAAUCUUACUUAUUACAUUUUCAUAUAUACCACCAACAUGCCUGAGCUAGUACUUUUACCGUCUAGCACAUACACACCUCCAUCCCCUUCGCUGGCACGAAGACCGGGGAGGUCACUUAAUACAAUAAUGGAAGAGGAGCCGGAAGCGUCCCAAAGGUUGAAGGCGUCGAGGGGUCGUAAAAUGCAAGCCAGUUCCAACGAUAAGAUCGUACAAUGGUUGUCACCACGAAGUGACCAUUUCCCAACUCCGCGAGGAUUUCACUUUCUAUCAGCGCCAAUAUUACCCGAGUCUCCGUCGACUGCUUCUGCUGAUGAGAGCAACUCGCCGUCAAUAACGUCCUCGGACCCCUGGAACCGAGCGAGCAUAAGUACUGACGUAACAGACUUUGACGAUAUCUACGAAGUCUCCGACGAAGAAGACACUCGACGGAUUUCGAGGAAGUCCUCAAUAAAACGCCGGAAUAGCUCUCGACACACGAUGCUAAAGCGAACCGCAACUCAAUCUUCCACGUCACACCGGGCUCUUCCGCCUUUAGUUAUCCCGGCUCAACAGGAACAAAAUGCGGAGAGCUUGUCAGGUAGGCCGGAGUUUAAGAGGUUAAUGUCACCUCUGCCUCCUACGCCACUAGCUAAGGUUGAAAUGUCGCCAGCUGCGAUCUCAUUUUUACAUGCCCAACAAUCUGAGGAGGUGCCAACCAUCUCCGCUCCACCGUCCCUAGAUGGAAGUUUAAGCUCUGAUCAAAUGGCCGCUCUGUCUGCUCCACCGACACCAAUCAUUGGAGAGGGAGAAAGCACUACUAACACGGACUGGUCUGGAGUCCAACUACAACCUGCUGCCCUGGCUACAUUGCAAGCUCUAUCAGGAGGCGAUGACUCCGAAGAGGAGUAUCACCUAGAGCAGGUCAUUGAAGUCACAGGAGGGCGAAGGCCAGAAAUGUCACAGCAAACACCGCGCUUGCUCACUUCCAUGUCAAGACCAAUUCGAAGAGUGUCGACUCAUCAGCCAUCUCUCAAUGGUUUAACGAGACUUGACAUUCCUUCGCCCGGAGGUUUCUUUUCUGGUCUUUCUCCACGUACGAGGCAUACUUGGCAUCUACCUACAAUGACACCUGAUGAGAAUGCGCCUCCUACUUCGACUACUGCAGAACAGUUCUAUCGCUGCCCGUGGAAUGAGCCUGCCCCUCAGGUUCCAGCUCUGCCAAAUGUUCCGGUCCUACCUCCUCCUCCGCCGCGACCUGAGCGGUUUGCUGCCACGCCCAUCCCAUCGGCACCAGUUGAGCAAUUCGUAGAAAUCAGAGGCACAAUGUCGGAUGGCCUUCCGACUGCAAGACCAGCUGUGCUAGAACAGGUUCUCGAGGCGAGAGGUGAUCUUACCGAAGAAGUAAUCACAGCGCGACGCAUUGAGCCAAGAAACCCCUUAACUUCCCCCACGGCCUACUAUGAGCCUUCAAGCCCUCACGAGGAUGUCACUGCCACAGAGAUCGUUACAACUUAUGAUCCCGAAUAUACUAAGAAGCAACAAGAAGCUGCCCUGUCCAACCUGGACCGGACAGAAUUAUGGCUCAUGGCACAGAGGGCUUAUCUAAAGGGUAUUCUCCCGGAGGAAGAAGUCAAGCCAACGGUUGACCCUGAACCAGAGACGCAAAAAGUCCAUGUCGAAGAGGAGCCAAAGACCAAAGAGCCCGAAUCUGAUGUGGUAUCCCCAUCACAGAAGAAAAAGAUGGUUCGGUUUUCCGAAGUCGUGGUUAAGACCGACAUCCCAAGGACCUUGCCGCCCAAGCUUGCGCGACAAGAAUCAGCUUACUACCGUGCUUUUCAGGACUAUAUCAUUAGAUCCCGUAGUCAAGAUCCUUUUGUCCAUCGCCUUCCUCGUUUUGAGGCAUUGCAGGCUGAGCGCAUCUCUUUGCGCGAGACUCACCGUAACCAGCUUCUUGGCAAGUACCAAUUAUCAGUGAUGCCUCAGUCGGCUAAGAAGCGGAUGAGUGCCAAUGUGGCUCGCGGUGACGACAUUCUUGUCGAUGACCCCGAGAAAUUGAAGCGAGAAAAGGAGCACGAGGCGUUAACCCAAAUGUCCAUGGCAAAUUGGCACGUCGGCGCGACUAAGGCUUUGAAUGGUGGGCGUCUAUUUUCUGCACCAAUCGCUAAACGUCUUGCCCGCCUUUCCCGUAUCGGCGGCGCGAAAGAUCGGGCGCGUAUCCUUGACCUAGGCGGCCAGGCUGCUUGCGGCUGGGCCUGGCACUGUGCUAUCAUGUACCCUAACACUAAGGUAUACACGGUCACGACUAAGGCUAUCCGGCAGUUGUCUAACUCGAACAUCCGCGGCCCGCCCAACCACCGACAGGUCGCUGUGGAACGACUCACGAAGCUGCCCUUCCCUGACGGCCACUUCGACCUAGUGUCGGCGCGUGAGCUUCACUCUAUCCUCAAGUUCAUCGGAGAGAAUGGUGAGGAUGAAUGGGAUAGCUGCUUGAGCGAGUGCAUGCGCGUGCUCAAGCCCGGGGGGUAUCUCGAGUUUUCAGUCCUCGACUCGGAUAUCACUAACGCGGGUCCGCUUGGCCUCGCUAAGUCUGUCGAGUUUGGGUUUGCCCUAAAAACCCUCGGCUACGACUCGUCUCCAACCCGGAUGUUUAUAAACCGUCUUCACCGCGCUGGCUUCGACGGCGUACGUCGCGCGUGGGUAUGUCUACCCAUGGGCCCGGACCCAGCCGUCCGACGUAACCGUAGGGUGGCAUGUGACAGCAUCACUGGGGUAGAGCGUCCGUUGGAUCUGGAGGCCAUGGUUUGCGGCAGCACGGAAGCCGCGGCCUCGGUGACGGGUCUCGCUGGAAGUUGGGCGUGGGAGAGGUGGCUGUUGAGAUGCGAGACGGAGAAGGUGGCGAGCGAGGAACGUCUCGGGUUCUUCGAGGUGGAGGCGGAGAGUGAGAAGGCGAGCAAGUGCCUUGAUGGCGUGCAUGAGAUCAUUGAGGAAGGGAGGAAAAUCGGCGCCGGAUUUAGGUGCUUGAAUGGAUAUGCUCGGAAGCCGGUCGAGAACUAGGUUGGCAUACAUACUACCUACCUCGGAGUUGGAGGCAACCGACGAUGGAGCUAAUGAGGGGGUUGUAAUCAGUCUUUGUGAAGAGGUUUCUCUUAUGUGUAAUGCGGUUGGGUACGGAUGUGUACGCAUGGACGUAUGUAUGGAUAUGAGGUGCGUGUAUGGCUGGUGAUGAUACCCCGUUCGGAAAUUGGGAGGGAAAAUAUAUAUACAUAUACUAGAGAAUGGGAUAUCUUCUGCUAGGCAUGAAUACUCGUGUAAAAUGUAAGAUUGGUUUAAUAUGUACAUGUUGUGGUUUUAAAUGUGAUGUGCUCAAAGGCGUGAAUUG